AUAAAAUUUAUCCUUAAUAAAAUUACGUUUCCCAUUAAAAAAAAAAAAAAAUUCCGCGGUGGGCUUUUGUCCAUCUCUGUUUCCUCGACGGCGCAACAGAUAGAACACACUCUGUCGCUGGGAAAUGACUGUCCAUCUGAGCCGUCCAUUUCCCUCGUCAACCCUCCAAAAUCAGGUCUUCAGCAAAUCCAGACCGUCCACUAGCCGCACCAUCUCAUGCUCGUGUCUCAACCGCUCCACAAAGUUUAAGAAAGACUACACGAGCGUGAUGAUAGUCCCGACCGGAGUAGGAGCCGCCAUCGGAGGAUACGCCGGCGACGCCUUGCCGGUGGCUCGCGCUCUCUCCUCCGUCGUCGAUUGCCUCAUUUCUCAUCCCAACGUUUUGAACGCAGCUAUGCUAUACUGGCCAAUGCCUAAUGCGUUGUACGUUGAAGGAUACGCUCUCGAUCGAUUCGCCGAGGGUUUAUGGGCCCUACAACCUGUUCACCAAAACAAGGUGGGAUUGGUUCUUGAUGCUGGAAUAGAGGAAGAGCUUCGAUUUCGACAUUUACAAGUGGCCGAUGCUGCGAGGGCUUCCCUUGGUUUGCCUGUUGUGGAGUAUGUUGUUACUGAUGCGCCUUUGGAGGUAGAAAUGUGGGCUAAUCCAAAGAGUGGGCAAUCAACAGGGAGAAUUAAGCACCCAGAUGCAUUGCUGAGAGCUGUGCAGAGUCUAGUUAAUCUAUCCGGAGUGGAUGCCAUAGCAGUUGUUGGACGCUUCCCAGACGAGGAUAUUCAGGAAACAGAUGAUUAUCGACAAGGGGUGGGAAUUGAUAUUUUGGCUGGAGUCGAGGCUAUUAUAAGCCAUCUAGUGGUGAGGGAAUUCUGCAUUCCUUGUGCGCACGCUCCUGCUUUAUUACCUCCUCCCCUUUGUCCAUCUCUUUCCCCAAAAUCAGCUGCUGAGGAGUUGGGAUACACAUUCUUACCUUGUGUGCUUGCUGGGCUAAGUAAUGCACCACAAUACUUAGAUUUGAAAUCUGCAUCCUUGGAAAAGGGUUGCAUAUUGGCAAGUGACGUAGAUAGUGUCAUCCUCCCAAUAGAUGCUUGUGGAGGAGAUGGUGCUCUCGCUUUCGCUUGCAGUGAAAGAAAGAAGCCACUUAUAAUUGCUGUGGAAGAAAAUGAAACAGUUCUUCAUGAUACACCAAAUAAUCUCGGGAUUGAAGCGUGUUGUAGGAUAAAAUCUCGAACCCUACAUCGUGCACUAGAUGAGCGCCACGUGGCACAGCCGAAGGUAUUAAUGGCCAUGCCAGCUCAGCAUCAAGUAUCUUGCAAAAUGAAAUUUGGUAUAGGCCGACCGCAAGUUGAGAAUAACACCCCCAUAAGAGGGCGACCGUACAGAGGAGUCAAGAUAUGCGAGAGGUCGACUGCUUCAGGUAGAUGUAGGCGAAGAUGGCUUGAUAAGCGCCUGAGGAGUCGGUCGCACGCAGCCCAAGAAAAAAUUGAACCUGCAGGAUAUCUUACGUGACUUGUAAGCAAGCAAAGUUGGUAGGGGAGUUGGUGAAAAACCACUGUUGACUGGCAGAAACCCUACCCACCGAGGAUUACAUCCAAAAAUAUGGAGACAAUGUGAUAGAAUGUAAUGAUGGAAAUGGCUGAGGUUGAGAGAGGAUAGAGAAAAUAUAUACGAGAGAAAAUGGCAAGCCCGGGGGCUCUCAUUCUGUAACUUGCAUUCUCUAAACAUAGUAAAGAUUUUUUCUCCUCACAGUGGUCAUAGCUCUUGAACAAAAGAGUGAACCACUAUAAAUCUU